CCUUCGUACCGCCCGACAUGCCCGCACCAGUCCAAAAGCUUGACUCCGGCUCCGGAGGGCCAUCGCGAAAGAAACGACCUCUGCCCUGGGACGCAGAGGUACCGGCGAGCUCGCCAACGACGUGUCGAAGCCAUUGACGCACUGCAGCGCGGCCAGCCAAUAGAUAAAGAACAGUACCUCGAGGAUUGGUUGACAGAGUCCUCGCGGUCGCGUUCGCGGAAACGGAGACGGUCCGACCGACAGCCAGACGAACGGCCAAACAAACGGUCACACAAACGGCCGGACAUCAUGCCUCGCCCUAACCAUCCUCCCUCGCCGAUCGAUACUGCUACGACGUCCUCUGGAAAGACCGCCAAGACCUCCGCGAGCGUGCGCGACCCCAAUCAGCAACUGAUGUCGGGUGUGGAAAAGUACGUACAUCUGCUUGGGCUCCAUGUGAGACUAGUGACGGAAAGCCAUGUCCAAGAGCGGCCACUGCACCGAGCAAUACCACUGCGGCUCAUGGUCCCCGGUGGUGGACAGCGAAAUAGCCGCGGCUUGCACCCCCUUCAUCGCAUCCAGUUCAAUCAUGAGGUCGAGGUCGUCGCGACCUGUCGU